GGUCAUGCCAGUGCAAUGAAGAACCAUUCUCGGAAGGAAUGCCAAAACUUAUGGCUGCCCAUGGUCUAAAAGGACAUUCUAUACGAAAACAUCAAACAUCAGUAGUUACUUUGUAGUUUAGGAGAUUCGAAUUUGCUGAAAAUUUGGAUCUAAAUAUCGGAAAUACACGAGAAAGUACGACUGCCAAAGGGAUUUCCCAAUCCACUCCAUUUUGACGUACGUACGUGUGUACUGAGUCAGUGUGUGUGUGUCUGCUUGUUCACAGGGCUCAUCUUUAUCUGUUUAUGGCCUGAUUCUGCACUAGUUGUUGACAAAUAAAACUGCACCCAUGACAUCAGAAUCAGGCAAACGUAGUCCGUCUCCCUCACCAGUCUCUGAGACUGAGACAUCAGAAACUCAGGAGAAGAAGUUUACCUUCUCAAACUAUACAUGUAGGUCCAAAGGUAUGGACUCCAACAUCACACUUUGGCAGUUUCUGCUUGAACUCCUGCUCAGCAACCAGCACCAGCACAUAAUCCAAUGGACGAACAACGAGGGCGAAUUCAAACUCGUCAACGCAGAGGAGGUAGCGAGACUUUGGGGUCUGCGUAAAAACAAGCAUAAUAUGAACUAUGACAAGCUCAGCCGAGCGCUACGUUAUUACUAUGACAAGAAUAUCAUCAAGAAAGUCAUGGGACAGAAAUUUGUGUAUAAAUUUGUUUCAUUUCCUGAAGUUGUUAAAACAGAGAACAAGGUGCCUUUCAAAGUUAAAAUGGAAUCUAUGGCGACGGAGGGUAUGUAUAAGCUGCCUGGCUUUGUCACCUAUAGACCGUAUGAGACGACAGUUGAUCCACCUUCACGACCCUCAAAUCGACGCCACCAGACGCUGCAGUGGCAUCACACUGUACCGGCUUCAGAUGCUGGGAAGCCCAUGAUAAAGUGUGAGCCACUAGAGGAAGAUGCUCGCCGCAGCCGCAGCCCGAGUCGCAGCCGCAGUCGCUCACCGACACCUCAGCGAGUAUCACCGCUCACAACGUCAAGUUCAGGUAUCAAGUCGGAGGCCUCGUCACCACCCGUAUCAUCAGCAGUGGUGACAACGGCGUCAAGUCGACCCAAACCGAAUCCGUUGAAUCUGUCAGUGUCGUCGUCUAUUCCUCAUCCUGCCAUGCACGGAUACGUUCCGUCGCCUUUAAUGAAAGUGCCGUUUACGACAGUGGGGACGCCGAUAAUCAUCCCGAGCCCCGGGAUCAGUGGACAGAGGACGCCGAUGGUGCCGUUGCAUUUCUGGAGCUCCCUAAGCCCGAUCACGACGCUGAGUCCUAACCCGCGCUUCAGCGCGUCGACUCAUUUCCAGUUUCCCACAUACGUCCAAGGCCAUGUGGCGUUGUCACCAAUGCCCGCUCUACAGCUGCCAUUCCAAGCCUACGAAGAUGUCUCAACGCCUGCAGCUUUCGUGACAUCGCCACCGCCACCUGUUAAAUCGAUAUCUGUACAAUAGAUGGCGUCUUGGUUGUUAGCAUUUGUAUUCUAUGAUAUCCCAGUGGACUUGGUAACGAAUACUCGCUUUAUAUCGUCUUGUUAUAUUUGAAUCUUGGCUACUUGUGGUGCUAUUGGAAUAUGUUGUGGACUUAUGGCCACGCACCGAAAUUAUUCACGACUUCUGGUAAGUUAGCUACAAUUUGAAGGUGGACGCGUAUUGUGGUUGUUUGUGGUUUUCGCCUUUGUUUGUGUUUCUUGAAAUAUCUUGAGUACCGAUUUUAACAUAGUGGGACCAGUUGGGGGCAAUUGAUAAAGUAUGCACGCGUCAAAGAAAUUGGACAUGUCUUCUUUCGAGUUGGAGACUUUCAACACAUUUUUUGCCUCGUCCAGCAACAAUGGGGUAGAGCAUUCCAUCUGAGGAUAGUAGAGGGUGUAGUUGACUGCGUAUAUCACGUGCACACUUCAUGAAUUGUUCCAAACUGUGGUAGUUGUAGAUUAAGUCACUGACAGACAUAACCGAUUCACUUCUUCGUAGAUAUUCAAAGCAGCCAAGAAAUUAUUACGCCUGGUUUUUACAAUUUUUUUAGUUCAUCAUAUAUGCAUAGGCGCCAUUGAAGAGCUGCAUGUAUAUGCCAAAGACUAUUUAUAUUUUCAUAAUAUUUCUAUUUUUUGUUACCGGUAGUUGAAGUUCUUUUAAUCUGUAAAAUUGUAAGUCUCUUUAACGACUGGAGUGCGGGUGUACUGUGACGUAAAGCACUUUCAUUGCUUCUUUUCAAAGCCGCCGUUCUUGAUUACGAAAAUCACAAAAUAGGCUGAAAAAUUUGGCUAAGCGAAUUCCCUGUGGAUUUAUCUGUCUACCUGCCCGGCGGUAGAUCAAGAGGGGCGGGUAGCAGUACAGACCACCACUUCAUGUCAUGACCAACAUUGUCUAAGGCCAAGAGGGUAAAGGUAUGAUAGCAGCGGACCCACAGCUAUAUUUUUUCAGGCUUCAGUGAUUUAUUGAGAUGAUUUAAAGCCUGUCUUUAACUAAAAGACGUAGGACUACAGUCUACCUAAGUACACAUUUACUCUAGUCCUUAUAAAGGGAGGGGGGGGGGGCAGAUUUGUACGAACAAUGCUACCAGAGAAUAUUAAUGAAUUGAUCCAUUUAAAGACUUACUUAUAAGUAGGCCUUGAAAUGUUUGUGCUUGUGUUAUACUCAACAUGUUCAAUAAAUCUUGUAUGUAUUUUACAUACCAAUUAUUUUUGUAAAAAUGUCAAUAGAGGCUGAGUAGGCGUUGUCAUGGUGAUAAGGGAAUAUGCCAAAACUAUUUGAUGCAAUUUCUUCUGUAUUCUUGAGUUAUGCGGUAAUGGUCACAUCCGAUUGCGCAUCAGAUAUCAGAAAUACGGAUGCGUACCGGCACUUUCUCCAUUAGAUGCUGCUUAACGGAGGACGAAGGCAACUAUACUCCAUUUCACGAAAAAAAUGGCAGUCUGAUUUUUGGUGAUUUCACACAGAUAAUGAAAUAUUUGAACAAAAUGUUUUAACCUGUCGGAAACUUCGAGAUCAAAGGUGUCUAGAAAGAUUGCCUUUGCCCUAAUCAGACAAAGCAUGUCCAAGAACAAGCCGUUUCAAGCGAAAUACUAAAAAAAAUCCAAACCUGAGUUCAUCGCUACAAUUUACUUCUUGGGAUUGGAAUUGUAUCUGCAUCAAAUAGUUUGGGCAUAGACUUUUCCUUGACUUUUGAUGUAAGAAUGUGUGAGGAUAUUACAUUGGCUUUAGGGAUUUCUAACAAUUGUAGCUGGCUGCCAUGUUGUGUCCCAAGAUAGUGUGUUGGCGUGAGAUAAAUGAACAAAAUGCAUAUAAUCUUCUAUGAAGGCACGAGUCCAUAUUUGAUGUUUUAUGUGGUCUUUGGUUCAAGAUGAUAGAACGUUCCCAAAACAUCAACAAAUACUAGCCAAAGACACUUUGUGUGCUAUAAUUAUUGUUUUGUUGCAUAUUUUAUCAGUCAGGAAGGGGAUGGAUUUCCAUACCGCCCCAUGAAUGAGACAGUAUUUCUGUAUUAUGGAAGUGCUACAUAUGGAACUCCAUCUCCUUCCAGACUGUUCAUUCAGGCCACUUGUGGGUCCAUUGCUUGUAUAUAUUUUGGUGUAGAUAAUUGUUCAUGCAGUUUCUUUGGUGAAAAUAAGGUUCAGUUGGUAUGGUAUUGUUACUAGUGGAGUUGUAGUCCUUGAUGAUGAAUUAUAUGCCAUAGAUUUUGUACGUAGGGACUAUGCAGCUGUUUUACCUGCAGACGAGAGAUAAUUUGGUCACAAACUGCAGCAAUUAUUAUUGCAGAUUGCAGUGACAAAAAUCACUCGUUUGUGCAACGCCUUAUAGUUGCCAUAGUGCUAGCUGUGAGUUCUUAUGUGAACACUUUUGUAGUUUGUACAGUUUUUCAUCUCUGGUAAAUUUUCACUUUCAUAACAGUACUGUAACCUAAUCCAUCUAAUGCAAGUCUCAACAAUUCUUCACCCUGACCUGUAUAUGACCCUUGUCUUUUAAGGCUUGAGAAAAAAGAGUUGUGUAGUGUAAAUUGGGAAAAAAACAUGUAUCAAGGUAGCCUUGACUCGUGCUUGAUCUAGUUGAAAUGAUGACGAUUUUCGUUUAACCUUUCUUAUUAUAACCUGCAUUAGAAUGUACAGCACCCAUUUCUAAUUAUCCGACUUACAAUUACAUUUACCUUUCACCGACUGUAGAUAUCGUUAACACAACUUUGUACGUGCGUCAUAAUCCAAUUCGACAUUUGACCUUUGUAAUUUUACUCUCUAGAUGUACCACACUCUUUCAAAUCACCAACGUCGACAUCAUGACACAUGAGCUUCUAGUUUUGCGAUGAAAUUGGUUAAGCUGUUUAUGCCCUGAGUGCACACACACGCAAGUAGUCAGUUAAAGAAAGUGUUUCUUGAGAAGAUGUGGGGCUUGCAUUACGUAUAGUAGCGAACCGUGUUCCUGUUCUUUAAUAAUAUUGAGUUAAGAGAGCUGAGCGUCAAGUAGGACAUUAUUAGCUCUAUAAACAAUACUGGGCAAUUGUAAUAUAAGUAGGAGGAAACCUACGAUGUCGAAGGUGUCACCCCCUCUAUCACACGAGUGUAUGGGGAAUCGAACCCAUGACCUCAAGAGGUGACAGGCGUAUUGUUUCCACUACACCUUUCCGACAGGCCAUAGUAAAUGCCAGGCGGUAGGGUCAUGGUGAUUAUCACAAGUGUUGACCCAAACUUGUCUUUAAACACUUCUCGUUUAACAAUCUCACCAUGACUGACUGUGAACUCUUUAUUUUCAUCAGCUCAAUGUUUUCAUGAUUUUUGCUGGCAAGUGAAACAUACGUCACACUUUUGCUUGAAAAUAUUAAAAUUGCGUUGUUUAAUGUUAUUCAGUCUAAUCAAAGAAUUAGAUUUUUUAUAACCCAGCUUCUUCGUCUGACUCAAUUUGCAGAUUUGUGCAUUUCAUCUAUAUAGUUUUAAUGCGUCACUUUUGUUUUAGCUGUCGAUUUUGUUUGACAUGAUAAUAGCACUUUGACUGAUCAUUAUGAUCUAAAGAUAGUAUUAGCAUUUCAUGUCAUAACCCUAACAAGCUGCUUUAAAACUUAGAUGUUGUAGGUGCUGACCCCUGGCCUUCGCUGGUGGAAUUGGAAAUGCUCAAGUGACAGGCCGGGAAUAAGUUAACCAGUUUCUGUUUCUGUUCUGAAAUAUAAUUGAAUAUCCAAGUGAUGAACUCUCUGGUCUGAAAAUCACUGAAUAUCGAAGUGAUGAACUCUCUAGUAUGAAAUCACUGAAUAUUUCAGUAGUGAACUCUCUGGGCGGGCAGUAAGUCACGGAAUAUCCUUACAUUUUGUCUGUGAGAUUGAGACUCGUUGCAUCAUGGCAUGAAUGAGCUUUAGUACAUGUACAAGUGUUAAAUAAGUUACCGUUUCAGGGCCUUUAUGGUAUGAGAAGGCCUAUUCAAAUGACAGAGAUAUUUUAGGCUAAAACAGCUACUAUUGUGUAGUUGUGACAAUGCCAGGACUGAGAUGAUAUUUGUACUCAGGUCGAUAACAUAGAUGGUGCGUGAUGGGGACCGCCCACUAUUGUACCGAGGUUCAACUCGCAUGUUGCCACAGGGCCUGGUGGUGUUAUUACGAUUUUGUUUCGACUCUAAACAUUUGCAUAGAAUAGCGAUCGAAGAAUACUGCACUGUGAUGGUGACAUGCUGUUUUGAGAGUUCGUUUUUGUGACUGAUCGUUGGCCUACAGUCACUUUAAUGUUUUGUUGUGCCUUCCAUAAUGAACAGGAGUUAAGGGAAACACAUCCUCCUUUGUCAUCAAAUGUUGCGUUGCAAGAGUUCAUGUCACAUCCAUGUUUAUUAUGAAAUUGUUAUUGAUAAUACUAUUUGUCUUUGUGAAAUGGUUUCAAAUGUAAAACAAAUACAAUUGUUCAGUACAGGUUCUUGUUAAACUUGUGGGUGCCCUUCCAAAAUUUACAUCUCAAAGCCAGGAAAUUUGCAACUUGGGGACUGGUGAAGUAAUGUGGAUGGUACUGCCAUCUUAGUUAGGUGAUAUGAAUAAAGACUAGUAAAUGCUUUUACUUCAGUUUUGUACAGAAAGGCCUAGUGUAAAUGUACAUGGAGAUUUAGUUAAAGCAUUUGCUAGUCUUUAUUCAUAUGUGCCAUCGUCAUUGAUCUUAAAGUGGGUGAAUUAAUUUUGAAGAUCUUUUGGCUGGAUUAUCAAUCAGUUUAAAGGUGGGAUUCGUCUGGUGGUCCCCGGAGAUAGUCCUUUUUCUUAUUUCAGUAGUCAUGAUUUCAAGUUUCAAAGAUGAGGAUCAUUAUUCAAAGUUUAACUUGAGUACAAAUACUGUAAAGAGGGAAAAUUUCGCAUAUGUUUGAAUAUAACGUUUUUCAUGAUGGCCAUCUAAAGGUAAAUUUUUGAAGUGCCCCCCUUUUGGUGAUCUCUUUACUACAAGUUGCAUUUUUGUAAAGUUAAAUGGACCAAGUACAUAACUUUUAUACGUGUGAUGUAAAUAUGUAGGAGUUUGUAAAGAGAAAGAUGUAUAGAGAAUGACUAUAAGUUAAACAAUAAAUGUUUAUGUAUGGAAAUGA